UAUUAGAAUCCCUUUACCAAUUGAACUAAAUGUCAAUGAUAAGUAAAUCAAGAGUUGGCACCCAAUUAGCCAAAUGUAGUAGAAGUUUUACUACUUCACAUUGUAGAUUUGCUAAGAAGAGUAAAAAGUCUUCAGAUAGUUCGGAUGAUCUUGAAGAAGUAGUUAAGAAAUAUCAUGGUGAGAAUGUUACAUAUGGAGAACUUUCAAAAGCUCAAAAGGCAUAUCUUGAUAGAGUUAUUAGAGUUGAUCAAGCAGGUGAAUUGGGGGCUAAUUAUAUUUAUAUGGGUCAAUAUAGUGUAUUAGCCAAUAAAUAUCCUCAUUUAAAGCCAGUAUUACAACAUAUGUGGGAUCAAGAAAUUCAUCAUCAUAAUACAUUUAAUAAAUUACAAACUCAAAGGAGAGUAAGACCAUCAUUAUUAACUCCAUUAUGGAAAAUUGGAGCUAUUGGAUUGGGUGCAAGUACUGCACUCAUUGGAAAGGAAGCUGCAAUGGCAUGUACAGUUGCUGUUGAAACUGUUAUUGGAGGUCAUUAUAAUCAACAAUUAAGAGUAUUAAUGAACCAAUAUGAUUCUCCAAUUUAUGAUAAAGAAACAGGAGAAAAAUUGGCUGAAAGUGAUACGAAUAAAGAGAUUGAAACAUCACCAGAAAUUGAAGAUUUGAAACAAACUAUUAAAACAUUUAGAGAUCAAGAAUUGGAACAUUUAGAUACUGCUAUACAACAUGAUGCUGAAAAGGCAGUUCCAUAUAUUGUAUUAACUGAAGGUAUUAAAUUGGUUUGUAGAGCUGCUAUUUGGACUGCUGAACGUGUAUGACGAAUCAGCAAUUGAUGAAAUUUAUGAACGUUUAUGAAAAUCAUUUCCAUUCAUUUUAGUGAAUAGACUGUGGGUGUAAUGAAUAGAUUUAAAUAGAACUAUUCUUUCUGUAAUUAGAUUUAGUACCACAUAUAUAAUAUAAUAUAAUAUAAU